AUGGCUGGAGGUAGUGGUGGAGGCCCUUCGGCCUUCCCCAAACUAUUUGCUCAACGCAGUCGCAUGAACCAUGAGGCCAUGAUAUACUACGCUAUCAUUUUGGGCACUCUCAUGGGCAUCUUCGUUGCCUUCCACCUGACACGCCUCCUUUCCCAGAAGACUCGCCUUGCUGCAAAGCUCUCUUUCCUGGCAAUGCCCUUCGUCUUUAUCUCCCGAAUCGUCCGUAGAGUUUCUGUUCGCAAGGUCCCUUUCCUGCCUUCCACGGGCCAUGCCGCCCUCGCCUUUGUCUACGUUGCAGUCAACAUCAUCCUCACCCUAACAUACAUCGACACAUCGGCCUUACCCUACAUAACCGUCAUUGGAGCUCGUACAGGAUGGCUUGCCAUCGUGAACAUCCUCUUCGUGGUCUUCUUGGCCCUUAAGAACACUCCUCUCGGCUACCUGACAGCCUGGUCAUACGAGCGUCUCAACGUCCUCCAUCAAAUUGCCGGCUAUGUCACAAUGGCCUUAAUCAUCGUACACGGUGCCACAUAUUCGUCGUACUUCAUUCAGCAGGGGAACCUUGCACGCCUCCGCGUUCAUGAGGAGAUCUACGGCAUCGUUUCCGGUUUCACCUUCCUCGUUGUCGUCUUUGCCGGCGCAAUUGUCCGACUGUGGUACUACGAGCUGUCCUACAUCCUCCACGUGUCGGGCUUUGCCAUCUCGAUGGUGCUUGUCGGCCUCCACCAGCCUGAGCUGUCCAAGAAGAUUGUAAUCAUUACGGCUGCCGGCGCUGGCCUUUGGCUAUUUGACCGUGGUAUUCGUCUCGCUCGCGUCGUUGCUUACAGUUUCAACAACACGGCCUCUGUUCACCCCCUCCCUGACGGUGGCACCCGUAUCAUCCUGAAAAAAGCCCCUUUUGGCGCGAGCUCUGGCGAGCAUUGCUUCCUGUGGAUCCCCAAGAUCCGCGCCUUCGAGAUGCACCCCUUCACCAUCGCCGCCAUGGAUCCCCUCGAGUUUGUCGUCAAUUCAUACGACGGCUUCACCCGCGAUCUGCACGAGUACGCCGUCCGCCACCCGGGUGCGACCCUCAAAGCCUCGGUCGAAGGUUCCUACGGCACUUUCCCCAACCCGGCCGAGUACGACAAAGUUGUACUCGUCGCGGGAGGCAGCGGCGCCAGCUUCACGGUUGGCACAGCCCUCAACAUUCUCAAGCGGCUCACGCAGAACUCCACCCAGAGCAUCGUCCUCGUCUGGAUGGUGAAGGAGCACACCCGUUUAGAGUGGUUCGCUCAUCACCUCGCGAGAAUCCACGAAUCUUUGAGAUCGUCCGUUCUCCUUUAUGUCACUCGCGUUCCUGACAGCUCUGACUCCUCUCUGGCUCCCAUUGUCAAGAAAGAGUGCUCCCACUCGGAGGCCACCUCAUCCGAGGCAUCCACACCCAUAACGCCGGCCACAGAAAAGUUUGAUGUUGAGAGAGGCAUCCCCCAGCAACCCACCAAGGUUCUUACCCGCGUCGUCUCUGACCCUGAAAAGUCUGGCUUCGAGUCCGAUACUACAGCCACCAUCUCCCCUCUCCGACAGAUUGGGACUCCUGUACAUAUCAACUCCAUCCCGAUCAACUACGGUCGAGCCGACGUUGGGGAAAUCAUUCGCCGUACCAUCAACGAGGCUACCCCUGACCAGCGCGUUCUCGUCAUGGGCUGUGGUCCCGAGAGCCUGAUGACCCAGGUCCGGAACACCACAGCCUCUUGCAUCCGCACCUCAGGUCCCGCGGUUGAGUUGCACUGCGAGCAGUUUGGCUGGUAA